UGUACUUUGUCAGUGUUUUCAAACUUUCUUACAAAAGUAGACCCAUCAAAACGUUGUUAUUUCUGUGGUGUUCAUUUCUAUUUAUACACAACGCCACAUUAUUAGUUUACAACAAUUUAUAUUCGUAAAGAAUCGGCAGAAGUAAGGAUCACAGACUUAUUAUAGAUAACUUGAAAAAAAUAGAAUAGUUAUUUCUACCACAAGUUUUGUCAGAACUGAUUCAUUAUCAGUUUUCUGUGUUCAAAUUCCAACUAUUGUCUCGCCUGUACUUGAAACUCGAGCAGACUAGUGUCAUCACCGUCAUGGCAACUUCCAUGAAGAUUAUAGUAAAAAGUGAUAUUGGGGUGUCCUUGGGUUACAAAAGUCACUUGUUCAGAGGAGCACGUGGCUUUCGCUCCCAUUCGAAUACAAGCCGUCAACGAAAGUUCACAUCUAAGCUCCGAGUGUUCGGCAAGCCUGUAAUAACUCACUCACGGAUUGAAAUGGCGUUCCAUCUGUUGAACAGAACAGGCCUACGUUUUGUGCAAGAAGGAAAGAAAGGGUUAGCUUCCAUACGAGAUAGUAUUACGAGGGAUUUGCAAUCGAGUUCCAUAAAGAACGCAUAUUCGUAUCGUAGUGAACUCCAAUCCUCCAAACGAAUUGUAGUUAAACUUGGAUCAGCCGUUAUCACUCGGAAAGAUCAGUCUGGUCUGGCUCUUGGAAGACUUGCUUCAAUUAUUGAGCAGGUGUCUCAACUUCAAAAUGAAGGCAAAGAAAUGCUAAUAGUCACAAGUGGAUCGGUUGCCUUUGGUAAACAAAAGCUGAGAGCCGAGGCCCGUAUGUCAAUGUCAAUGAGAGAGACUCUUUCUCCAAAGGAUCACUUUACCCAGAGCAGAGCUAUAAUCAGCCAUCCAGACGUUCGUGCUGCAGCUGCAGUAGGACAAAGUGGGCUUAUGGCGUUAUAUGAUGCCAUGUUUUCACAGUACGGAGUCAACAUUGCUCAAGUAAGAGCGGAAGUUGGGAUCAGCACAGCAAGGAUCCAUGCUAGGGGACCAGUCGGCGUCGAGGGCCUGUUAACGACAAAGUGGAUACUGGAAGGUAGUGGAAACGUCGUUAGUGACUUUGCAGAGGGUGGAUCCAUGAAGUAUCUUCACGAGACCUUGCCUUUAGAAAAUGGUAAUCUUGAAGAAGUUGAAGGUGCAAGGCAUGAUUCUAUAGUAGAGACUGUCGCUGAUCGACCCAGUGACCCGAACUGA